AUGGGGCCCAUGUCGUCAUACCUCGACGAUGGCCACGGCGAACACGUCGAGGACUUCAUCGACAAUGUCGAAAUCAACGUCAACCCCGCCGAGGACGUGUCCUACGGCCGCAGUGGCUUCCGCGGCCUUGCUUAUUCGCCGUACGUCGGCGGCGCCGCCCUUCUGGCUUCGCUCGGCGGCUUCUCCUUUGGCUACGACCAGGGCGUUAUCUCCAUCAUCAACGUCAUGAAGCAGUUCCACGACGUCUUCCCUGAAGCCGCGACCCCCUUUGGUAAGGGCUUCAUGACGGGUAUGCUCGAGUUUGGCGCGUUCCUCGGAUGUUUGUUCAUGCCUACGCUGGCCGAUAAGAUUUCCAGUAAGAGGGCGCUCGCGGCCGUCGUGGUCGUCUUCAAUAUCGGUGCUAUCAUGCAGACUGCGGCGCCGAAUUAUGGCGUUUUGGUAGCUGGUCGGACUAUCGGUGGUAUUGGUGUUGGUACACUUGCAAUGGGUUCUCCGAUUUACAUUUCCGAAAUUGCACCACCUAACCUUCGAGGCACUCUUCUCGUCCUCGAAUCUGUCUCCAUCGUCCUCGGGGUUGUCGUCUCCUUCUUCAUCACCUACGGAACCCGCCACAUGACCGGUGAGAUCGCCUUCCGUCUCCCUCUCGGUCUGCAGAUGAUCUGCGCUACCGGCCUCGGCAUCGGCAUCCUCUUCUACCCCUAUUCUCCUCGUUGGCUCGCCCUCGUCAACAGGUCCCAGGAAGCUCUUGACUCCCUCGUCCGCCUCCGCCGACUGCCCGCUGAUGACCACCGCGUUCAAGCAGAGCACCGGGCCAUCAUCAGUGAGGUCGAGGUGCAAAAGAUCAUGCAGGAAAAGCACCACCCCGGAAAGCGUGGCCUGAGGCUCGAACUUGCUGGUUGGCUGGAUCUUUUCUCCCCCCGUCUCUGGCGUCGUACGGCGGUUGCGCAAGUCGUGGCCGUAUUCCAACAAUUAAGCGGAAUAAACGCGUUUAUACACUACGCCCCGACGUUAUUCCAGUCCCUCGGACAGUCGGAGGAGAUGGCCCUGGUCAUGUCCGGUGUAUUCAACGUUCUCCAGCUCGUCGCCGUGUGCGUAUGCUUCUUCGUUAUCGACAAAGUGGGACGUCGGCCACUUGCCAUCCUCGGUGGUCUGGGCGGCGGCACCUCAUGGGGCAUCAUGGCAAUUCUCACAGGUGUAUAUUCCAAGAACUGGGGCGCCAAUCCUGCUGCGGGCUGGGGCGCUGUCGCCAUGGCCUUCAUCUUCGUCCUCCUUUACGGAGUCUCCUACUCCCCUCUCGGCUGGGCCCUUCCCGCGGAAGUUUACCCCAACUCACACCGCUCCAAGGGCGUGGCCCUGGCUACCGCGACCGUAUGGCUCUUCAACUUCAUCGUCGGCGUUGCGACUCCGCCCAUGAUGGACAAGCUCGGGUUCAGAACCUACGUCUUUUUCGGUACCUGGUGCUUCAUUGCCUCAGUCUGGGCCUUCUUCCUCAUCCCGGAGACCAAGGGAAAGACUCUGGAGCAGAUGGACGAGGUUUUCAAAGAUACGUCUGCGCAGGAGGAGAAGGAGAUCAUCAGGCAGCAGAUUCUCUCCCAGCUUAUGGGUACGAUUACGGGCUAUGGGAUAUGA